CGGUAUUCCUUCAUAGCUAAUCUGAAACGAGGAGAGCAGCUGGCCCAGAUGGAUUAACGCCAGAGGUUUUUAAGGAUGGUAGUCCAGUUUUAGCGAUUAGGUUGAUCAAUAUCUUAGCCAAAAUCGGGGAACUAAAUGUAAUUCCAUCUGACUGAUCUCAAUCACCGACUGUCGCAUUAUAUAAGGAGUCAAAAUCAUCCCAUGAUAGCCAUAGAGACCAGUUUGACUAAUAUAGCAUCUAAAAUACUAGCCUCAAUAAUUAUCGGACGCCUAACUAAGACUCGUGAACUGCAAACAUGAGAAAAUCAGGCUGACUUCAGACCUGGUCGUGGUUGCAUCAACCACAUAUCCACCAUUCGUCAGAUUCUGGAACACAGGCAUGCUUAUCGGCGUCCGACGAUGAUGGUUUUUCUUGACUUAAAAGCAGUAUUUGACUCUGUAGAUCUUGGGGUUCUGUGGCAGUGUCUGUCAUUGAAAGACGUAUCUCAGAAGUACAUAAGCCUUGUAAGGACUCUUUACUCGAACACUGCCAGUCGAGUCAGAGCUUAUGGUGAACUGUCAUCUGAUUUUGCAACCGCAAGUGGUGUCCGUCAAGGCUGUCCACUACCUCCAUUUCUGUUUGAUUUCAUCAUAGACCUACUGAUGGAAAUAACGUUCGUGUCGACUGAAUUUUCAGAAACUGAUCUACCAGGAGGUCCACAUAUCGACUUAGAAUAUGCAGAUGAUAUAGUCCUGUUUGAUAAAGACGCUGAUAAAAUGCAGAAUGUUUUUUGGUAGCACUGAGCAACAAUGCCACGAUGCUUGAGAUGCGUUUCUCGCCCUCAAAAUGCAAGUUGUCGUUUCAAGACUGGCCUACGUCAACACCUAAACUAAGGAUAGGGAGUGAAAUAGUCGAACACGUUGACAACUUCACUUAUCUUGGAAGUUUGGUCAGCCCAAACGGGUUGGUGUCUGACGAAAUCUCAGCACGGAUUCAAAAACCUCGUUUGGUUUUCACCAACUUACGUCACCCGUGGCGAAGGCGAGAUAUCCGUUUAUCAAUUAAGGGACGAGUGUACUGCGCGGUAGUUCGUUCUGUUCUGCUUUACGUCUGCGAAACGUGGCCAUUAACAGUAGAAGAUACUUGUCACUAGUAUUUGACCACAGGUGUCUUAGAAUUAUUGCUGGCAUCUGUUGAGACCACUAGGUAAGUAAUGGUGAGGUUAGACUCAGGGUAUUAGGGAAUGAUGGUAAAUCAGUUUAUGAGGUUGUGAAUCU